CGAGCCGGGGGCGGGGGUUGCCGGGAGGAAGCGCCGAGAAGUAGAAGUUUGAACUACCUUCUGAGCUGCCCUCCCUCCGCUGAGACUUUUGCCGUUUAUACACUUCAUCCUACUCGCCAUUUGUACACUUCAUCCUUCCUGCCUGAAGCUUCUCUUCGUUUCUUCUUGCUGGCGACUGAGGUCUCUCGGUUCUUAGCAGCUCCUAACUCUGCUCUGGGUUUGGGGACACCUGGGUGAGGAUACCUGCCAUCUCCCAGGAUGAGGAGACCCCUUCGAAGUUGGCAUGGACCGGGGCUUGUGGGACUGGUCAAAAGAAUGGAUUUUACAGAGGCAUACUCAGACACAUGCUCUACAGUGGGACUUGCUGCCAGAGAAGGCAAUGUUAAGAUCUUAAGGAAGCUGCUCAAAAGAGGCCGGAGUGUGGAUGUUGCUGAUAACAGGGGAUGGAUGCCAAUUCAUGAAGCAGCUUAUCACAAUUCUAUAGAAUGUUUGCAGAUGUUAAUUCAUGCAGACUCAUCUGAAAACUAUAUUCAGACAAAGACUUUUGAGGGCUUUUCUGCAUUACAUCUUGCUGCAAGUCAAGGACAUUGGAAGAUUGCACAGAUUCUUCUGGAAGCUGGGGCAGAUCCUAAUGCAACUACUUUAGAAGAAAACACGCCCUUGUUUGUAGCUGUUGAGAAUGGACAGAUAGAUGUGUUAAGGCUGUUGCUGCGACACGGAGCGAAUGUUAAUGGAUCCCAUUCUAUGUGUGGAUGGAAUUCCUUGCACCAGGCUUCCUUCCAGGGAAAUGUGGAGAUCAUAAAAUUGCUUCUUAGAAAAGGAGCAAACAAGGAAUGCCAGGAUGACUUUGGAAUCACACCUUUGUUUGUAGCUGCUCAGUAUGGGAAGCUAGAAAGCCUGAACAUAUUCAUUUCAUCAGGUUCUAAUGUCAAUUGUCAAGCUUUGGACAAAGCUACUCCCUUGUUCAUUGCUGCACAAGAAGGUCAUACAGAAUGUGUGGAACUUUUGCUGUCCAGUGGGGCAGAUCCUGAUCUUUACUGUAAUGAAGACAACUGGCAGUUACCUAUUCAUGCUGCUGCACAAAUGGGCCAUACAAAGAUCCUGGAGUUGUUAAUACCACUGACUAACCGGGCCAGUGACACUGGAGCAGACAAAGUGAGCCCUGUGUACUCAGCAGUGUUUGGAGGACGGGAGGAGUGCCUGGAAGUGCUUCUCCACAACGGCUACAGCCCCGACGCCCAGACGUGCCUGGUCUUUGGCUUCAGCUCUCCCCUGUGCAUGGCAUUCCAAAAAGACUGUAAGUUCCUUGGAAUAUUGAAUAUUCUUUUGAAGUAUGGAGCCCAGCUUAAUGAACUUCACUUGGCAUAUUGCCUCAAGUAUGAGAAGUUUUCAAUAUUUCGCUGUUUUUUGAAGAGAGGCUGCCCAUUAGCACCCUGGAAUCAUACACCUGAAUUUAUAAGCUACACAAUUAAAGCACAAACAAAAUACAAGGAAUGGUUGCCACAUCUCCUGCUUGCUGGAUUCGACCCCUUGAUUCUACUUUGCAGCAGCUCUUGGGUUGACUUAGUCAGCGAUGACAUCCUUAUCUUCAUUUUGGAAUUCUGUAAUUGGAAGAGACUUCCACCAGCUGUUGAAAAGAUGCUCUCUACUCGUGCAAACUCCUCUUGGGCUCUACAGCAGCAUAUUGCCUCCGUUCCGUGCCUAACACAUCUUUGCCGUUUGAAAAUUCGGUGCUGUCUAAAAGCAGAACACCUACGAUCUGACAGUAUCAUCCGUCAGUUGCCCCUUCCCAAAACCCUGCAGAACUAUUUGCUCUAUGAAGAAGUUCUGAGGAUGAAUGAGAUUCCAGAAUUGGCAGCUGUUAUUGAUGGAGAAAUCAGUGAAGCAACUUAACACAGUUCAUUUCUUGACUCUGAAAAACAUUGAAACAAAAAAGCCAUGGGUACAAAUUGUCUGUGAUUUUUAUAGUCAUAAAUGAUGACUUUUGUUUGUGUGGUUGGUUAGAUUUAGGGGGUAAUAGUAAACAUAGCUUACAACUGGGUUUCUCACAAACAAACAAACAAACAAACAAACAAACAAACCUGCCUCUACUUUACUUAUCCCAGUUUAUUUGAGCUUCACCACCAGUGUACUUUGUGCUGUAACAUUGAUUUACCCGAGCGUUACUGUGCUUUAUUCUGCUGGUGGAUUCUGAUGUUGCUUCUGGUGCUGGGCCUGACAUGUUUCCACUUGGGAUUCAUGGUCACCUGUGGGAGAAGUUAAGAAUGGAAUGCAUAAACCUUCACUGAAGAAUGCAUAGCUGUGAGGUUGAUUUGCUUAUUAUUGUUACUGUUUUAUUUGGGACAAAAAUCUUUUACGUUUAUAAAGAGGAAAAGGUUUUCUACUUUGUCAUGUUCUAUAGUUAUUUCUUAAUCCAGUCAUUUUAAUGAAGCAUUGAUGGGCGGGCAUCGCCUUUUCACAUGUAAACUCAGGGGAGGUUUUUUAAAAAGAGCAUAAUCAUAUUGCUGGAUCUUACCCCUAGUUCUUUCCUUUAUACUGUGGAAAAGUAUACUCCAUUUUUCAUCUGCAAAGGCAAGAACACACAUGAACUCAAGGGCACACUCAGUUAAAAACAAUUUUAAAGCAGUUUUAGAAGCAUUUUACAACACUUAGAAAGUUAAUAAGGAAGCUGAGGGGUCAUUUGUAUAGUACCAUCAUUAAAGAAAGAAAGAAAAGUGCAUAUCGCAGCUACUUAGUGUUAAAUGCAACAGUCAGGCUCCAUUCAGUUCCAGAAUAAGAGAACAGCUUUGCUCCUGUGAAUCAUUAAUAGCCAAUUCUGUUAAUAUGAUAUUUUUCCUUUUGAAUGUCUGGAUAGACUUUCAGACCAU